AUGAGUCAGAUUACCUCCUCGGGAGUGACGCUGAUCUCGCAAGGGACCGGAUAUGGGCUCCUCAUCGGUCUGGGAAUCCUCUUUUGCGGGGUCAUUCUCAUCGCCGUGAAGAUCCAAAAGGCAUAUCUGGACGAAGACUCGGGCAAAUCCGAGAUGUUCAUGGUUGCCAAUCGAACAGUAGGGACGGGGCUCACUGCCUCGGCUGUGUUUUCCUCCUGGAUGUGGAUCAACGAGACGGUUUUUUCGGCCGUCAAUUGUUAUCGUUUUGGGCUGGCAGCGCCUAUGAUCGCUUUGAUGGCCGUGCUGGGGGUGUUGGCGAAACUCCGAGUCCCAUAUGCUCAUACCUCGUUGGAGAUUAUUCGCAUGAGAUAUGGGAAGAUCGCACACGUCGCGACUUUCUUGACGGAUUAUCUGCACACGGCCAUUGCUCUCAUUUUGAUCAUCUAUUUCACCAUGGCAAUUCUCACGCACGAAGCCAUCGGCGGUCUAUACGGGCUCUACGACAAAGUCACCGCCAUUUCUGAUGAGAACUACAUCCCAGGAAAUUACAAAGGACACUGCAUUCUGGCAAAAAAAUCCUUUGCCACGGAAGUCAAAGCCACUGUACCAGGCUACAACCUAGCCGCGAUCGCCAUCUUCGGCGUUCCAUGGGGACUGGGAACGGUAAUCGGCCUGGCUGCGCGUGUCCUGCACGAUACGCCUCUGUUUCCGACAUAUCCGGGGGAAUUUACGCAGCAGGAAGUUCUAACCGGAUUCGUGAUGCCGUAUACCAUCCAGGCGAUUAUUGGCGAGAAGGGAGUCGUGGCAUUCUUCGUGCUGCUGUUCAUGGCUCUCACCAGUACCGUUUCCUCGUCGAUGAUUGCCGUCAGCAGCAUUCUUUCCUUCGAUGUGUACAAGACGUAUAUCAAUCCAACGGCGUCGGAUAAACGGAUCAUUCGAGUUAGUCAUUUAUCUGUGGUGUUUCAUGGUGUUUUUAUUACCGCGUUUUCAAUCAUCUUGAACUACGGCGGUGCUAAUAUGACUUGGAUCGGAUACUUUCGACCGAUCCUCACGUCGUCGGGUAUCAUCCCGUUGAUAUUCACGUUGACUUGGGCCGGUCAGACGCGUCUCGCUGCAACCUGGGCGCCGAUUCUCGGAUUUAUCUCUGGUUUGACUAUCUGGCUUGCUACAGCGAAGUCAAUGUACGGAACUAUCAACCUCGCUACAACCAUGAAGGAAGCGCCAUGUUUAUUCGACUGGCGCCAGUUCCUGAGAAUAGAACUCGUCGAGACACCUGACUCUGAUGAUACCAUCUCCUCCACUGCUACAGACCAAAACAUCCCAGAGAAACAACCCGUAACAUCAUCAUCUAGCUCAACCACCGACACCAUCCACCAAUCAGACAGUAACAGUAACAACACGGAAGUGAACAAUCUCGACGACCUCCGUCACCCAUUCGACGGGGAUACCCUGAACCAGUUGCGGAGAUGGUACCGCAUCGCGUGGUUGAUGUGGGCGGUUCUCGUGUUACUGACUUUCGUGGUUUGGCCGAUGCCACUAUAUCGGGAUUAUAUUUUUAAUAAGCCUUUCUUUGCGGGGUGGACUAUCGUUGCUAUUGUCUGGCAGUUUUUGGCGUUUGUUUCUGUGGUGGUUUAUCCAAUUUAUGAUGGGCGGUAUGAGAUUUGGACGGCUGCUAAGGGGGUGACGAAGACUAUAAGGUUAAAGGGAUUAAUAGCUGCUGGAUUUGUCCGGACAUGA